GCAGACCCCUCUAGACAGCCAUUGCUGAUGGUGCUGCUCGACUAAACGUAGCGGCCACUGGCAAUUUCAAUCAAACUCGCACUUCUUGUUUCGACUUCAUUCGUGCUGUGCUGUAUUUCGUUCUGUGUGUGUUGGAAUCGUCAAGUUUUGUGCCAGCAACAAACAAACCAGCGAGCCGGGACAAAACAACUUGUGUUAAUUUACAAUGGAGAAAAGGAUUGAGCUUGAAAAACGGGGAAGGAAUCCAGCAGAGAUUGAGGAAUUGAACCUGGACAAUUGCAGGAGUACCAAUAUUGUCGGUCUUACAGAUGAAUUUAAGAACCUGAAAGUUUUAAGCCUAAUAAAUGUUGGGCUCACAAGUCUCAAAGGAUUCCCAACUCUCCCAAACUUGAGGAAGUUGGAACUGAGCGAUAACAGGAUCUCGAACUGCCUGACCGUUUUGCACACAAGCCCCAAACUGACAUAUCUCAAUCUCAGCGGCAACAAACUCACCACUCUCGAAGCCAUCGAACCACUUGUAGAACUUAAGGCGUUGAAGAGCCUUGAUCUUUUCAAUAAUGAAAUCACUGCAAACGAAAACUACAGGGAAAAAGUAUUCAAAAUGCUUCCUAGUCUCAAAUGUUUAGAUGGUUACGACGCAAAUGAUAAGGAAGUUGAAGAUGAUUCCGAUGAUGACGAAGAAGUCAAUGGGAACGAUGAUACUGAUGAUGAAGAAGGCGAUUUCGAAGAGGGUGAUACUGAAGAGAUUGGCCUUAUGACGGUCUAUGACGACAAUCUUGAAGAAGAGAGUGAAGGCGAUGAUUUCGAGGUGAAUGGCUCGGAAGAUGACCUUGAUGAUGAGGAUGAAGACGAGGAGGAUGAUGAUGGCACAAUAGAUGAUGACGAUGAUGAUGAAGACGACCACGCCGACGAUGGAGAUGAACCAUCGCCAAAGAAACGAAAGCAAGAUGGAGGUCAAAAUAGUGCGGUCUAGAAAGUGUGUAUCAACUGUUGGCAGAUGAUGAUGAUAUUUUUAUAAAAUUUAUAUAAUUUAUUUCUUGGAACAAUAUUGUUGCGUCAAAGAAAUGAUUUAUGUAACGAAGAACUUGUUCUCCGCGAGAAAGUUGUGUUGUUUGAGAGGGUGGGUCUUUAGAAGGUUGAAAAUAUCUGAAAUUAUUUGAAUAGUUUUUGAAAAGCACAACUAGAUAGUGAUUGAUUGACUGAUCAACUGUUGAAUGAUGAGCGGAGGCUAGCUGAUCAACUAUUAAGUGAUGAGCAGAAGUUUGCUGAUUGACUGUUGAAGGAUGUCAGAGAUUAGCAUCCAAUUUACAAUGUGUUACAUAUUCCCUUCCUCUCUCUUAGUAAAAACCUCUUGUUAACCAAGGAGUUUUGUUCAUUUUAUCAUCAUAAAUUAGCUAAAUUUAUUGUUAAGUAUAGAUUUUAAUUUGGAGGCCAAGAGUUAUUAGUUGUUUUUUUUUUUGAAAACUCGGGAGGUUUUACAUGAUGAGAAAAUAUGUGUACUCAAAACUAUUCUUAUUUUAUUUAUAUAAUAUGUACAGAAACCAAUGUAAGUACUACUUUUGAUACCAAGGUAAAUAGAAUAGGUUGUAAAAUAUUCAAUCAAACUAAAGUUUUAUUGUUUUUACCUUCAUAAAUGUAAUAUUAGAUUAUAAUAAUAUGCAAUGUAUUCUAUUUACCUUGCUUGAAGCCAUCACUCGAUAUUGAUAUUUAUAUAUACAACAUUUUUGGAAAAAUUGUGCAAAUGCAUGAAAAAAUUUCAAGGAACAACGCUAAUGAUAUUAUACGUAGAUUUCUUGAACCAAUUUGUAGUGCAGUCUUCAUAUUUUAUGCUCAUAAUAUUUGUGUCAAAUUCAGGCUUAAGAUGGCGAAAUUCUAUCAAUUAUGUGCCUUCUUCAUCGUUAUCUUGUACAGUUUAUCGUUUUGUUUGUUCUAUUCGGUUAUUGACAAUUUUCUUUUUGUCAAUCUCGUCUCUUGUAUCACUUAACAAUUAUCGAAAUUUCUGUAAAAUAGCUGUAGGAGGUGUAGCAUAUUUAUUGCUCUAUAAUAUUCAAAAUUUGGGUGAAAAAUAAUUUUCUAAACUCUUGGAAAUUUUCAUAUUUGUAGUUGUAGAACUGCUUUGAAAUGGAAAAAUCUAAAACUAAGAUAUUUGUUGAAAUAUUUUGAUAAAUUGAUGCAUUAUAUAAACACGUUUAAGAUAUAAAAAGUAGUCUAACCACCUAUAUCUUCAAAUUCAUUCAUUUGAAUAAGUUUUAAAAGAAAGAGCUCUGUAUUACUUUAAAAUAUCUGUUAUUUAUUUUCCUCCCAUGAAGGAAUGUUCAAAUAAUAGUUAUGAAUUGUUGGUCUGCAUUAUAUAUUGAUUAAUAAAGAUUUUUCAUAGCUCUGACGGAAAUAUUUAAAUUUUUUCUGGUCCUAGCUUUAUAGAAUAUUAUUUUAUACCUUAUUUGUGUUUGUCCUGUAUGUAUUUUCUGUUCAAACCCCUUGUAAUGUUGGACAUGUCAUUUGAUGAGGGAUCGUUUUCCAAUUUGGGUGACUGCUUUAAUCAUCACAAUAACUGUACGAUUCGUAUUCACUUCGUGAAUUUGUAAAAGUUUUGAAAAAAAUAAAUUAAUUAUCCAAUAAAUAUUUAAAACCUAUGUAAUCGUUAGUCAUUGAAUGUCUCCUGUCAACUCUUCUUAUUACAAAUGACCAUUAUUUUAGUACAUUACCGGUACCUUUUAAACCAAUAACGAAAUGAUGAAAAUUACUCUGCUAGUUAACUUGAAAAUUUAUUUCUUAUUUAAAUUCAAGUUAGACUUGUUGACUGUGGGAGUCAGGUCUUACAAAAUGUUUACUAUCGCCAUAACUAAAAUAAACUUGUUGAAGUUUUAUUUAUUAUUUUCUUUUUCUGUAUACACGGUAUAAAAAUGUAUUAAUUUUCUUGAAAAGUAACUCAGAGAACAACUUAUUUUAGGAGUAGAUUAUAUGGAACAUUAUACAUGGAAGAAUAUAGGCCUAGGCCUACUGGAGAAAUAACAAACUAUAUUACCAUUCGAAAUGUUGGAAAAAUUGAAAUUCAUUGUAACUAUAAAGAAAAACUAAUAUUAUUAGAACUCAUUCUAAAGUGAACUAUAGAAAUGGUGUUGAUAAUAUACAAAUUUUGUAAAAUGUCCCAACCACAUCUCCAGACUGUGAUUGUAAAUCGUGUAAAACCUUCAGAGUUUUGUUCUCAUAGCUACCUUGAAGGAAUGAAAUUAAAUCUGUAAAAUAAUGUUCUACUUCCUUUUUCAAUGUACAUAAAUUAUAUUAUGUUCUCAAACCCACUGUUCGUGUAAAUCAGGUUAUCAAUUUGUAUACUGCAUUGCUGGAAAAGUUACAAGUGUGUCCCCUAUAUUAUCAAUCAUAAUUGAGGUUUUGACAACUCUCCUUCUCUUCGUUGUUUUGUUUGUAACCAAUAUUUUUUUAUGAAAGCUAACUCCUAAUGUAUUAUUAUUCUAGAGAAAAUGUUUUAUUAUAAAAAUAUUUAAUCCUUCCAGGA